AUGGAACAUCUACCUGUGCAUCUUGCAUAUGUAGCUUUUCUUGGUGGCCUGAUUCAACAUAGGUGGAUGUAUCCUUUUGAAAGGUUAUUGGGUGAUUCAAAGAGAUCGGUGAAAAAUAAAGCUAAAGUUGAAGGAUUAAUAUGUGCGCAUUACUUGCAUCGAGAAACAUCUCAUUUUUGCAGUCACUAUUUCAAUCACUUGAUGUUAACUCCAAGAAUCAUAAGGAAUCCUGUAAAUGUUAACAAAAGAAGUCAAUUUACCUUAUCAAUCUUCGGGCUUCCUGGUAGUCCCUAUGGAAAAAAGGGUGUGCAUUGGCUGACUAAAAAAGAAAUGCAAUCAGCACAUGUUCAUGUCUUAAUUAACUGUGUUGAAGUUAAACCAUAUAUUGAGGAAUUUAACAUCUCCUACUUUCAUAAUACCGGUGUACAAGCAACAUCCGGUCACAUACAUGCUCAUUUUCCAACAUGGUUCAAGGAGAAAUUGUCAUGCAUUGUUGCACCGACUCAAGAAAUACUCCAUCUGAGAAACUUGUCUGAAGGCCCUAUUCAAAGCGCAAAUGAAUGA